UCCUCAAAAGGAAGUCCAUCCAUCUCUCUCCUUCUUGCUCACAUUUAAGCCAACCACUCUCUCAAAUUCAACCCCCCAUUUCUCCACCACCAAAUCUCCAAGCAAGAUUGAGAUUCAUCAUCAAUUUCAUCAGAUUCUAAGGAUUAAUUAAUUAAUAUAUAUACAUACAUAUGGGAAGGUCUCCUUGCUGCGAGAAAGCUCACACCAACAAGGGAGCCUGGACCAAAGAAGAGGACGAGAGGCUCACCUCCUACAUCAAAGCCCACGGCGAAGGCUGCUGGCGCUCCCUCCCCAAGGCCGCCGGCCUUCUCCGCUGCGGCAAGAGCUGCCGCCUCCGCUGGAUCAACUACCUCCGCCCCGACCUCAAACGCGGCAACUUCUCCUCCCACGAAGAUGACCUCAUCAUCAAACUCCACUCCAUCCUCGGCAACAAGUGGUCACUUAUAGCGGGAAGGUUGCCGGGAAGAACGGAUAAUGAGAUAAAGAAUUACUGGAACACCCACAUAAGGAGGAAGCUGCUCAGCCGCGGAAUCGAUCCCGCCACUCACCGCCCCCUCGGCGACCCGCCAAAGGACGACGACGUCACCAGCACCAUAUCCUUCGAUCAUUUACCCCAACAACAACAAGAAGACGACGGCACCAACUUCCGCCGCGAAUGCUGCUGCCCGGACUUGAACUUAGAUCUCACAAUCAGCCCCCCGGAGUGGACUGCCGGAUCUGAUCCGGAGAAGGCGGCCGCCGCCGACAGUAGCAGUGGCGCUGCCCCUGCUCUGGGGUCAGUUUUGUGUUUUCCGUGCAGUUUGGGGAUAGAGAAGAGCCCACACUGCACCUGCGGCAACAACGCCCAUGGAAACGGGUGUUAUUCUGCCACCGUGAGCACCGCCGCUAGCAGCACUGCCGCCGGCUGCUACGACUUUUUAGGGGUAAGGAAAAGCGGUCAUAUAUACUUGUAACGGUUGUAGUAUCUGUUUUGUUUUAUACACAAUUCCGUGUUUUUGAAUGGAUUGAAAUUUAAAACAAGCCAGCAGAGUCUGCGGGACAAUUCUACCUGACAGAUUUUGUGAACGCCCUGCAGCUUCCUCGGUGAAAAAGCAUUAUUUCACCCAUCUGAAAAUAAUUUAUCUGUUUUAAUUUUAACAAGUUUAAUUUUAGAAAAUUAUUAUGAAAAAAAAUAGUUAGAAUUUGA